UUUAUUUAAUUUAUUUAAAAAAUCGAAUAAAUUUAUCGUACGUCGUAACGGAACGUCUGGUGAAUAUAAUACGACUUAACAGAAUUAAAAGAAGACGGUUUUUCGACCAACUACCAUCAUCAUACCGAAUUUGGCAUAUUCCAAGCUGUGGAGAAUCGCGAGAGAUUGUAUUUGCGGCAGUGGGUCGCGGUGUAGAAGUGGGAUGAGACGUCCUCAGCAAGAACAACAACAACAACAACAUCAUCAUCAUCAUCAUCAUCAUCAGAAUCAUCAUAAUCACAAUCAUCAGAAUCAUAAUCAUAAUCAUCAUCAGCAACAAAACAAUCAGCAUCAAUCUCAUUAUGGAUCGGCAAGUCCAACGCGUUCGCGACAGUCCCACGAUAAGGACGAGUCCCGCCUUGCAAGAGUGAAGCGAGUCCUCGCAGGAUCAUUCCUUGGCCGUGGCAGAGGAGGAGGAACAGGAACAGGAACAGGUGGAGGAGGAGGUGGUGGUGGUGGUGGUGGAGGUUCAACAAAAGUUUUCGGUGCACGGCUAGACUUGAUAGAAUCUUAUCAAGAAACUGGAGUACCUUACGUGGUUCAUCGGCUCUGCAGCUACAUCGAAACUCACGGAUUCCAAAGUGCUGCGGUAUUUCGUUUGUCCGGUGGUAGUCCACGCCUAGCUGAAAAAUUGAGGACAGCUUUCGAAAGAAAAGGUGAUGCAGAUUUGGAAGUUGCAGCUUGCCCAUCCACAGCAGCCACCCUUCUUCGACAGUACCUGAAAGAAUUACCGCAACCCGUUGUACCGUCCACGUUGGUCGCGAGAUUGUUAAAUCUUCAUAACAAUGAUUACUCAAAUAAUCACGAAUCCUGGAUUAAAUCGACGAAGGAACUCCUGUCAACCCUCCCGUCCUCUCAUUAUCACUUACUCGGUUACUUGGCGAUUUAUUUAAGCAGAUACGAAGCAAGACACGGACGCAGUGCUGGUGUAUGCGGUGUAUUCGCUCCUGUUAUUUUACCUCACGUACCACCUGCGACCAUACUUCUACGAGACAUCCUUGUCGAGGCACACCUACUCUUUCCCGAUUGCAUUCGUGAGAAUACAUUGAACGGUAUAAUUCCUACGGAAGAUUGCACAAUUUGCAAAGAUACGAAAGAGGAACGUAAAAUAUCCGAGGGUACAUCGUUACUUUGCGUAUUAAAACCACGUAAACGUAAGGAACGACGUGAAUCCUGUUGUCAAGAACGAAAAUUGAUAAGAAGUAGUAGCGAGGAACGUGUUCUUGAUACACCUAACGAUACAGCGGAUACGAUAAGACGAGUUAGUAGUCACGAAGAUUUCAAUAGCGAACAACAUUUGAACAUAUUGUCACAACUUGGACAAGACAUGGGUCAUGGUGUGAGAUGCGGGGGUCUGCCUCUGCACGAGAGAACAAAUGUAUCACCAGUUUCUAAAAAACCAUCCCCGGUACCAUCACCGUGCGAAGCAGUGUUGGCAACCGAGAGAUUCGAAUGCGAUGCUGAACGUUUAAGGAAUAGUGAAAGAUUUAGCAGAAGUAUUACUCCAAGAGGAAGAAGACAAGCUCGUAGAAGAAGAAUUCAUAAAGUACCGGACACCGAUCAAAGUUCAAGCAAGGAAAAUGAAGAACACGAAAAUAUUUAUACCGUAUCACCGAGCCCAAAUGAUCACAACGGAUCACCGGCACAAAGUUUUCUUGAAAUGUUGAGCAGUGGACCUAGCAGGUCUCCAUCACCAGCUCGGCCGCCAACGGUUGAUCACGAAGAUGGAAAUAAUCCUAGUCUAACUAAUUGGGGUUUUCAACAUCGGCCAGGCAACGAAGAAGUUUCUGAUGCAAGAGUAGAAGCUAUGCUAUCACCUAGAAAUUCAUUACUGGUACCUAGGAGAUUCUAUUCGGAAAAUGAUACGCAACAAAAUGCUCCGAAUAUAUCAGAGAUUGGUCUAAAAAAUUUGACCAAGCAUAUUAACGGUUUGAAGAAGAAGAUUAAAAAAUACGAGGAUGAAUUCGAAGAGAACUUUGGUUAUCGUCCAAGUCAUUCGGACAAAAUGAGUAAUCGUGAUAUCAAAAGAUUGUGUACGGAAUUAAAUAAAUUAAGGAAGGAACAUAAAAUGUUAAAGGAGGAUCCGAUUGGUGCGCUUAUAGCUAACGCCAAUAACAAAUUAAAUACUCCUGGAAGUCCAACUAAUAAUAAUAACAGUCAAGAAAAAUCAAGAACUUCGUCGAUGGAGGAAAUGGUCAUGGAGGUGGAAAAGAAACUUACUGAGAAACGAUUGAAAUGCAAUCGACCGGACAACAUGGAGGAAUUGACCUACGAACAAUUGUUUGACGAAAAAACGGCGGUACAAAAGGCGCUACUACAUAUUGAAAAUACCUUUGGUAGGCCAGUUUCCAAAGAUGACAGAUGUAUCGUACGGCCGUUGUACGAUAAAUACAGAACUUUGAAAAGAUUACUUAUCAGAUCAGGAGCGAGUAAAAAUAAGGAUAGUAUUUCGGAGUUAGCAACAAUCUUAGAACACGAAGCAAUGGAUUUUACUUCAUCCGCUUUGCCAAACAAUUCUACGGACGCGGAAAGAAGAGCUAGCGAACCAGAUAUGUCUCAUAGAGGCAUAUUAGAUUGUAUUGAAACAGUAGACCAACUUCCAACCGAUAGUGAUAGUCAACACAGUAGUAGCGAAGGGAGUCGUAGCGCUGGAGAAAGUCUUCAUGCUAUGCCACAAGAAGAAUUAUUGGUUCAACAAAGGAUUACCAGGGAAGAAAAGAAACGUCUUCGAAGGGCUUUGAAGGAAUUAGAAGCACAAUUUGAAGCUCGAGCAGGACGUCGUAUGCAAAGGGAAGAUCGUGGCCCCCAAGUCACGACCGUUUAUGAAUCUUACAAACAAACUAAGGCAAGACUUAGACUGAUCGAUGCUCUUUUGGCUAAGAAUGCUUAAUUUCGAUAAUAAAUUUUAAUAUCUAUAAAACGGAUAUGGCAUGUAACUAUUGAAAAUGAGAAAGAUGAAAUACUUGCUAUGUUUGUAUUUGAUAAUUGAAUUCACAUUGAUAAUAUCCGAUACCUAAAUAAGAUUGAAUUUGAAGGCCUGCAAAAGAUUAUUAGAAAAAAAAUGCAUCCACGUUAAACCAACAAGAAUAAAUAGCAUGUGUGUAUGUCUAAAUAUAUACAAAUCAAAAUGCUUUUAUGAGAAAAAAAAAAACAAAAGAUAAAGGAAAUACAUCUUAUUAAAGUAGAGAAUCCUAUUAACUUUCACAAGUCUGUGCGUUCUGAUUAAUUAUUUAUAAUCGUACAUCUUUCUCUCUCUUUCUCUCUCUCUCUCUCUCUCUCUCUCUCUUUCUCUCUAUCUAUCUAUCUUUUCUUUUCUUUUUUUUUUAUUCCUUUUGUAGGCUCGUAAUAAUUAUCAUUUCAAAUUUGAUUGUUAAAUCACCGGUUACCAUCGUGAAGUUAUAUUUGAUUUGUUUUUAAAAAUAUUGUAACAUAGAUUAUCGAUCGAAUCACUUUUGUGUCUGAGAAUUCCCAAGAGAAUAUAUAUAUAUAUAUUCCGCAAUAGUAUAUAAAUAUAUAUACAAAAUAAAUAUAUUAUCAUUAACAAAAACAUAAGUAAAACAAACAAACAAACAAACAAAAAACAAAGAAAAACGAAGAUGACGAAAAAAUUUUUUCGAGUAUAAUUGUAUUGGUGGCCUAUGUAAAGUUUUUAUGAAAUACGUGUCUUUAUAGUAAAUAUCAUUUACCAUUAUACGCAAAUUUUUGAAAAGUAAUUACCAGUUUCUUUCACUUCACAUGGAAGUUCGGACAUUUGUACUUUAACUAUUUUAUGGUAAUAUUAUUAUUAUUAUUAUUAUUAUUAUUAUUAUUAUAAAUAUACGUUUUAUCAUAAACUAUUUAUUUGUAUUUAGGCUUUAGGUACUAUUUUGGAAAUGCAAGAAUAAUAUAAGGAAAAAGCAACACCUACAAUAUUGUUAUACACAUGCUGAUAAUAUGCUAUAAAAAAUAACCACUGUUUGAUUACAGGGUUUAACACACAAGUAAUCACAAGUUAAUACAUAUACAUAUAUAUAUAUAUAUCAAUUGAUUAUUAAUUGACUAUUUAAUACUUAAUCUUUGUAAAAGUAUUUCAAAACAUUUAUGUUCAUUUUUAUUAAAAAGUAAUCGUUUAAACGCAUCUAUUUUAAUUCACAGAUUUACGCGGAUCUUCGUGACGAGUAAUAAUUUUCCGUUUUAUUUUUAUUAGGAAUGAACAAAUGCGUAUUUUAAUUGAAUCAAUUAUUUCUUACACAUGUUAAAAAUACUGAAUAAAGUGUGCACUAUAUUUGUAUUUAUAUCUUUAAAGAAGAAAUAAUUUCUAGUUGUAUGGUUUCUAUACGACUGGGGAAAAGAAAAAAAAAAAAAGAAAAGUAAAUUUAUAAUCGAGAAAUAUGAAGAACGAUUAUGUAUGUGAUUACUUGUAAUAUAAAGAACAUUUAAGAGAUAUCACGUGUUGUAAUUCUAGAGUACUAUAGAAUGUUACAAUCUUGUAGUGUAUUAAACAUGCUCUUCGCACUAUGAACUCUAUGAUUUUUGCAUUACAUUUUCUGCGAGUAAAAUUUCAAGGCCGAUUUGUACGUCUUGUAAAAGGGUAAAAAGAAACAAUAUGAUCUAGAUAGUAUAGAAACGGCCUUAAAAUGUUACUCAAUUAAAUUUUUUUAAAAAGGAAGCAAAAAAGUAUAAAAUAAAAAAAGACCUUUCGACCAGGAGUGCUAUCUCUCUUUCUUAUUUGAGUUUAAUAAAAUUUGUUUAAGAUAAUGAGAAAGAAAUGCUUGUAGAUUUAAUAACGAUGAAUGAAUGCGUUAUAUAAAUAUACAUCUUUCGAUAAAUUCGAGUGUGUACUACGGUCGAUAAGAACUUCAAUAAAAAGAAGAAGAAGAA